AUGGAUCAAGAGACCGAUCAAAAUCCUCAUGGAUUUGGUGAAACAGUCCCAAUCACUAGUAACGAGGAGACAGAACCAGUCCCAGCCGAAGACAAUUACCAAGAGCAAGACAACUUUUGGGACAAUGCAAUAUUCAACAAGGAACAACAAGAUGGUGAUGAUCAUGUGAAUGAAAAUGACAACAAAACCCAACUCCCCUCGAUUCCUCUUUUCUCUAAAGGUCAAGGUUUGCCGUAUGCGCCUAUCGACUACCCGAGCGCCGGUGAUGUAUGGACUUGGAGAGUUGGGAGGAGAGUGACUGCUACUGGGGCUCAUAAAGACAGGUUUCUGAUUCUCCCUGAUAGGCUUAGGACCAAGAAUGCAGCCAAAUCUUUCGCUAGCAAAACCACUCUCUCUCGUUACCUCGAAACAAACUUCCCUGACGUGGAUGUUAAUGCAUUCUUCGCUUCGUUUACCUGGAACAUCCCUGCUUUGAUUCAACUCGCGGAGAAAGUUGAUGCUGCAUCUUUGUUUGAAGAGACAUCCAAAGAUGAGAAUAAUAAUGCUGUUGAUGAUGGUGAAAAUAAAGAAGGAUCAAGUUCACGUUACAGUCAGAGGAAGAGGAAACCAAUGCAGCAGACACAGACUUAUGAACCUGUUGAAGAGAAACCGAAACCAACUCAACGAGGUAGCUACAAGAGAAAGAAGGAGAAACAAGUCGCUGCUGCUACAACUGCAGCCACCACCAAACAGAGAUCAUCUUCGAAACGCUCCACAAGACAGCAACAAGGCGGUGUGAUUGACUUGGAAGAAGAAGGAGGAGAAGAGAACGAACCAGCAGCUGCAAAGAAAACCGGCAAGAGAAUGAAGAGACGCAGAGGUAACAACGUUGCAGCUGCACAAGAAGAAGAAGACGUUUCGAUUCCACACAUCUAUGUUUCUCCUAUGAACGGUGUCCUCGCAGUCUCUCACUCUCCUGUGGAUGUAAACCCGGAAGAGUUCGACACUUAUCUCAACACUCUAGAGAAUCUUCUUCAGCAGCAGCCUCAAGAAGCAGGACAACAAGCCUCUUCGUCUGUUCAUCUCAACGCGAGCUCUCCAAUGAGAGAAUACGAAUGGGCGGAAGCGAGGAUGAAGCUUUCGUCGCUUCUAGACAAAGACUUCUCUUCCUUGUUCAUGUCAAACGAAGCUGCGGAGAUGUCAAGCUUGGCAACAAAACUUAAGAAAGAUCCAAGCCUCUCAGCUGAAGAGAUAGUGAGGUUGAAGCUCAUAGAAGAGAUUCCAACUUUCAGCGAAGUUUUUCAAGAAAACAAAAGCGUGAUAGUGGAAGCAGAUAGGUUCUUCUCUGCUCUCGAGCUUAACAAAGCUAAAGUCGCUUCUCUCAAGUACGAGUACAGCGAUUUAAAGGAGAAGCUAGGCAAUAUCCAGAGUGAAGUCGAUUCAAACGCCGACACAAUCCGUCAGAUCGACGAGCAGAUCGCUCAGCUUCAAGCUAGACGGACAGAGCUGACACGUGGCAUUAGUAAGAAGGAGAAAGAGAAGGUUGAUCUGAGCUAUGGUCAGAAGAUGGUUGCGAACUCUAUUCCUAAAGUGGUGCAGGAAGUUCAAGCAGCUAACUCCAAGAAACCAGAAUGGGAAAUGAAGAAGGAAAAUGCUCUUAAACGUGAAGCAGAGAUCCUUAAUAAAUUCUCCUCCCUCAAAGCUUUUUAUUUCUAA